GGUGGGCCACAGGGUGUCAGCUGGUUUUGAUGUGAAGCAGUGAAAACAAGCUUAAGAGCAUCUUGAAGGCUUCUUGUGCAACCAUCACAGGGAAUCAGAGCGAGGUUGGAGAAAUCGUAAUGGAAACAUAAAGCUCCUGACUUAACAUUUGAGACCCUUGUUUAUUUUCUUUACAGAGGACUGGACUGGAUUGAGAAGUAAGGCUUUUUUUGUAUUUUUGUAACUUCUUUCUGUUUUGUAAGUGAUAUUUGAUGGGUAUGUAACUAAAAGAAAAUCAAAACCAUUACCUUAUAAUCCUAUUGUACACAAUAUUUAAUGGGAUAUUAUCAGACCUGUAAAUUUAUCAUAUUUUUGCAUUGGAAAUGUGGUAAGUGCAACAUUUGAUUAAGCUAUUGUGUGCUUCCACUUUAAAACAUGUAUUGCCAUUAUUAUUGCCUAUGAGACAAUAAACUCUUCAUCUUCUACCCCACUGCACGAUGACAAUGAAAAUAUGUAAUGAGUAGCUCUCUUUCUGUUUAAAUCAUAGAUAUUUAUUUUCAUCCUACAUAUUGAUUUUGAUUCAUUACGAUGAAACAUAGACUAGGAGUUUGCUCAUAUCAGGCCAUGUAAGAACGUGACCGUCUGGGGGAUUCAGAAGAAACAAGCACAAUGUCUGAUGGAAAUGAUGUGUGGGAGUCCCCCGGCUGUGAAACGAGGGAUGAUGUCAACAAAGACACGGGAGGAUUCUCUGAACAUGAACUCCUUGACAUCAUGUAUAACACAUGUAACACCUCCAGCUCAGGAGAUGUGUUGGCCUCCACCAUCCUGCAGUACCUGCAGACCAUGACGGCUCAGAGUCCGGACCAGGACCGGCUGGCUUCCCUGCGAUGGCUGCUCGACCCUGACUGUCAGGACCCACAUGUGAGCAGAGAGACCUUCCACUCCACCAUGAGGCAGUGGAUCGCACAGUGCAGCCAGGACAGCACUGAUGUGGACGGCGGGCAUUUAUCUUGGCCAGACUCUUCUAAACUGCCUGUAAAUGGUUUGGAUUUCCCAGGUUCUCAAAGCAAAGCUGCGUCCUCAGACAGCCCUCAGUGUUCCUGUGAUGGGAAAGAGCUGUUGGGCACCGUGGCUGAGCUGAAGCACGCUCACCGCAAGCUGAGCGAGCAGAACAGCAGCCUGCUGAGGACGGUGGCUCAGUGUGAGGACAUGAACCUGCAGCUUACUCUGGAGAUCAGCGAGCUGAGAGCAAAGCUGGCCAGUGCUCAGCGGUCAGCAGCGAGAAGCAGAUCCCUGACAGAAGAGCUGGAGGAGACCCGUCGGGCGUCUAAAGAGGCCCAGGAGAGAGCAGGUCGCAUUCAGACCAGCUGCAACAAACUGAGCAAUGAGGUUGAAUGCCUGAAGGUUCACAUUAGGAGGCUGGAAGACAAGAACGAAAAGCUCACCUUUGAAAGGACCUGUUCUGAAGACAGCGUCAACAAACUGAGAAAAGCCAACACUGAGUUUAGGGCCGAACUCGAGAAAACUCUGGUCAUGCUGGCGCUGAAAGACGGAGAAAUCACAAAGAAAGACAUUCUUAUGGACAAGAUGAAGAGCUCUCAUGUAGAGAAUCACAACAUGAUCGAGGGCCUACAGUCAGACCUGAUGAGGUUACAGGAACAUUCGCACCAACUUCUCCUCAGGUAUGACAGACACUGCAUCAGUCCUCAGAGCUUCUACAGUCGAGAUCCUCCAAACCACCGCUCUCUGCAGAGCGAGAUGCAGGAUAUGCAGCAGCACCACAGAGGUCUGGACGACAUCAGCCUCCCGUCCCUGCACACACACAGCGACGAUAUUCAGAGCAUCAUCCACAGGAUCAAGUCUGCAGAAAUAGCUCUUCUUCUGCACAAUAAGUAUCCUGAGAGGACGCAGGACUCUGCUCCUGUAGAAACACAGGAGAGGCCUUUUCCUCACCGCCAGCAGCAACAGGCACGCAUCAAGCAGCAGCUUGUCAAUGUGCUGCAGGAGCUUGAGCUGCACAAGUGCGUGGGGGAGGAGAAAGGGGAGAAGGUGGAGGAGCGGUGGCGAGCCUUGGAGCAAAAGAAAAGCCAGACGGGGAGUCAGACGCAUAUCCAGGAGGCCAAGAAGGUGGCUGUGGUGAACUGGUGGAAAGCCCGCAGCGUAGAGGGUGCUAAGGCACGGACGAAAGACACCCAUGUGGUCCAGGAGCUCUCUGAGACGCAAGCAAAGCUCCAGCAGGCAGAGCAGACGAUCACUGAUAUGAGAGAGCAGGUCCGUCACCUGCAAGCCUCUCUGAGAUCUGCACAAGAGCGUGUCGCAGAGCAGAAAAACAGCAGCAGAGUUCUUCAUAUCGACAGGGGAACCAACACCGAGGGAGGGGAGCCAGACAGAGCUGUGGAGAAGGUGGUGAAGGAUCGGAGGGAUGCAGCAGUGGCCACAGAGGUCACAGGUGGAGCAGCCUCAGAGCAGGAGCAAACCCACUUCCAGGUGACCGCAGACGGCCUUCUGACGACCCUCAGAAGGAUGGAGGCGAUGGUCAACAGCGCCCUGGAGACCGCCGAGCUGGUGCGAGAGAGUGAGCGGAGGGUGAACCAGGUGAGGGCGAGGAUGGAGAGCAUCACCCUGAGGGUGGAGAAGGCUCUAGACCGAGCCACCGACACUGACAAGCAGCUGAAUGUUCUGGAGGCCGGAGUCACAGGAGAAGGUCCCCCUCAGUCUCCAGGUUCCAGUCUGCCAGCUGAUCCACGAACAGACGCCACAGGCUGUACAGACGAGUCCAAUGUGGAGACUGAAGACGGAGACAAGACGGACAGUCCUCCUCUACCUCCUGUAAUCCCAGAAGUCAGCGAGCCCCCACAGCUACCCAUGAAUGGUGGCACAGGACGAGGCAGCUGCAGUGAGCUCCAGGACAAGGAGGAGCUCUUGCAGCAGGGGUCUCCUCCUGAACACGGCGAUCGUAUCUUCGAGGGGUCCUGCGACACCCCCUGCACUGCUGAAAGAGUUUUUAUUUUCCCACACACCCGCUCGCGCCCCUCGCUGCCCCCCGCCAUGCCAACGCUGCCGGAAGAAGAGGAGGACUCCCCCGAGGAUCUGGACAGUUCCUCCAGCUCUCCCAGUACAUUGACACCAGGUGAAAGUCGAGCUGUCGUCAUGAAUGCCCCCACCAUCGUCUACCCACAGCAGGCCACUAUUGUCCAACAAGAUGGACGACCCCUCGAGCAGGCCAGACCACACAGUCCCCGAGCUCGCCUGGCCAGAAACUCAUCAGGAGGACCCAUCACAACAGUCGACAGCACAGGUAACGUGAUCGACCUGGUGAAAGAUCCGCUGCCCGAGCUGCAGCUCUCUGAAGAGGAUCGACAGAAGAACCUGGAGCUGCUCGAACAGGCCAAGAAGGUCAGCGACCGCUUCCUGACACGCCGCGGCCGUCGCUCCACAGGCAGCCUCGGUGACUCACCGACAGGACUUUCUCCAACUCCGACCCCGUCAUCCUCGCCGUGUUCAUCUAGAAGCAGCUCACUGACUGUGGCUCCUCAGACUGGACCCUCAGAGGCGACUCAUGUCAGUUCUCAGUUGGUUGGGCAGCUUUUGGAGGUGCCUUCAGUGCGAGACGACUUAAAGACUCAGGAUCAGGAGGGCAGCAGGCUGCUGAUGGACUGGAAGCCCACAGAGAAGAGGAAAGUGUCCUCUGGGACUCUAACACCACGUUUUGCUGUUCAGAAGGAGAACUGUGACCCUGCUCUACCCAAGAGUCCUCCAGCAGUCACUAAAGGGGACGAGGGGGCCAGUCCAGGCCGAAACCCCAACCAGGCCCCGGCCACAGGAGUGGCCAAGCCCGUCCCCAGACCCCCUACUCAACAGGCCCCCUGUACAGCAGAGAUCAAGACGAUUGGGGCCUUCCCUCCGUUAAUGAGGGCUGUUUCCUGGGAUGCUGUAGGCGGCCUUAAUUCUAGAAAUGGAGCUCCAAAUUUCCCUCCUACACCAGAGGAAACCCUCUCAGACAAUCCCAGAGAUUCUGUCUUCAAGUCCUCAGGGUACAAAGACCUCCCUGCUCAGCCAGGGAGUUUAAAUAAACUGUCCAAACUCAAAGAGGAGCACAAGCUGAUGCGUAACCAAAGCAUACUGGGAUCCAAGUUGCCAGACUUGAGUGAAGCUGCUGAACAGGAAAAAGGUCCGCAACCCUCUUCAAACUCAGCCAGUCGUGAGGAAACAAAGGAGAAAUCUGACGCCAUGCCAAACAUUUCAGAUGUGAUGCUGAGAAAACUCAAACUCCACCGAGGUCUGCCGGGCUGUGCACCACCACUCACUGAAAAAGAAGUUGAGAAUGCGUUUGUCCAGCUGUCGCUGGCCUUUCGCAACGACAACUACACUCUGGAGAUGCGUCUCAAGCAGGCCGAGAGGGAAAGGAACCUGACAGAGGAAGACACCGAGAAAGAACUCGAGGAGUUCAAAGGAGCACUGAAGAUGACUUCACCACAGUGGCAGAACCUGGAGCAGCGGGAGGCCUACCAGCGCCUCAUCGAGACGGUGGCGGUGCUGCACCGGCUGGCCACGCGGCUCUCCAGCAGAGCAGAGAUAGUCGGAGCAGUUCGACAGGAAAAACGCAUGAACAAGGCCACUGAGGUCAUGAUGCAAUACGUAGAAAAUCUGAAGAGGACAUAUGAGAAGGACCACGCAGAGCUGAUGGAGUUCAAGAAGCUGGCUAACCAGAAUUCAAAUCGCUGUUAUGGGGGUUCUGUAGACACUGGAGAUGAUGGAGUUCCACGGCCAUCGAGAUCAAUGUCGCUCACACUUGGAAAGGCUCUACCCAGGCGUAGGGUGAGCGUAGCGGUGGUGCCUAAGUUUAACCUACUGAACAUCCCAGGUCAGACUCCAGCCACAGCCGGCCCAGGCCCAGGCCCAGUGCCUGGCCAGAGCCCCACCACCGGACCCAACACGGGACCUGUCACUGGGGCUGCUCUUCCUGUCCUGUGUGAAGCAAACGAUGUGAAAAGCAAUGCUCCCACAGAAGCAACGCAACCAGCAGCAGAAUGUGGAAAGAGUGUGUCGGAGCAGGAAAGUGAGCCGGCCAAACCUUCAGUCAACUUAGAGGAGAUCAGAGCCGAGAUCAGAGCCGAACUCAAGGCGAAGAUCGAGGAGGAGGCGUAUAAUAAAGGCUACCAAGAGGGAGUGAAGCAAACUAAAGUGCUCCAGGAGGAGAAGCAUGAAGAGGAAAACACUGCGGAGAAAUUCCUGGAUUUGAAAAAUAAAGAUGAAGAGAGUGGAAAGAAGAUGAAGACAAGCAGGAGGAUGGAAGAGGUCCUGGUUCUCGUGGGUCGUUUUUUUCCCAAGAUCUACCAGAGCCGGCGAGUACUCUGGUUCGCCCUGACGCUGUUCGUGGUGAUGUGUCUGGUUAUCAGUAUUUUCACAUUCUUCAGUGACUACUACAAUAGACGUGAGGAGACGUAAGCAGAGAAGGAACUGUGUGCGAGGGGGGUGAUGAAGAAGAUCUUUGGACGAGGUGGAGCAGCACAACCAAAGAAACCCCAGAACAGAACAACAGAGGCGGCAGUCGUCCUCUGUCUCUGUCAGUUUACCAUAUCACCACACUCAGACUCACUUGAAUCCAUGACCUGACCUGAAGGCGUUUUGGGAGGCUUUACGGACAACGCUGCCUUUAAUAGAAUUAAGUUAUAACUUUGUUUGGACUGAAACAUUUACAGAUUGUUUGUUGCAACAAGAGAAAAAAAUAUAUAAUUUCUGUUUAGGGACCAAUUAUAUAGUGUGUUGAAGUAUAGAUAGAUGCAUACAUAAUAGGUUCUAGUUUGGGUACUGUUUGAUAAUGAGGAUGGCACUUUCCAUUGAACGCCACAAUAGAAAAAGUGUAUAUUUAUCUACACUCUAAUGUUAAAGUAUAAUCUCUCAGGUCCAGUAGAUGACAACGCCUCCGAGAUUUUUUGAAGUCAUAUUUAAAGAUAUAGAGGAUAAAGGAAUGUUUUUAUUUUUUGUUUUAUAUGUUUAAUGUAUAUUUAAAAGCCUUUAAAGUAUGAGCACACUCCAAAGUAGUCCCUUAAGUGCAAUAUUUUGCAGUUGAUGGUUCUAGUUUGUUGCCAAUUUUGGAUUGUGUCUUCAGAGCACUGAGAGACUUUCUUCUUGUAUGAGAGCACUGUUUAGACUGUAUGAGGCCUAUAUUUUUAUCUUCUUUGCACAUGUGUGCCUACCUGUGUUGUUUGUUCUCUGUGGAGUUAAUGCUCUGCCACCUCACCUUUAAAUAAAGGUGCCUGAAAACA